AUGGAUGAUUUAGCUCUCCUCGACCUGUUGGAGUGUCCUGUGUGCUUUGAAAAGCUCGAUGCCACAGCGAAGGUGCUGCCUUGCCAGCACACUUUCUGCAAGCCCUGUCUGCAGAGGAUCCUGAAAUCCCAAAAGGAGCUCAGGUGCCCCGAGUGCAGGACCCUGGUGCUCUGCAGCAUCGAGCAGCUGCCCUCCAACCUGCUCCUCAUUCGUCUCCUGGAUGGAGUCCGGUGUGGACAAAGCGUUACCAGGUUCGGCACAAUCCAGAGGUCAGGGGUCCUGUCCUCCCCUGCCUCCAUCAGGAGAGUUCCCAGAGGGUUGCAGCUUCAUCAGCACCGGCUGGCAACAAAUCCCAGGAUCCACAUGGAAGGGGUCCCACGGGCCAAGGCCCUGUACACCUACCGGGGACACAACCCCGGGGAGCUGAGGUUCAACAAGGGGGACAUCAUCAUGCUGCUCCGACAGCUCGAUGAGAACUGGUACCUGGGGGAGGUCAACGGGAUCAGCGGCGUCUUCCCAGCCAGCUCUGUGCAAGUCAUCAAGCACCUGCCCCUGCCACCACCCCUCAGCAGAGCUCUCUACAGCUGUGACCUGAGGGGCAGGGACAAGCCCGAGGGCAAGGACUGCCUGACGUUUCACAAGCCCAACACCACGGCGCGGCAGCUCCUGCAGACCAGCAAGAGCCACUGGUCCCCGCAGUUCAAGUGCGCGUCCCUCCGGACGGCGUCUCCCAAGGCGAAGGGCGCGGACUCGGCCCCGUUCCCCAAGGUGCCCGACUCCCGGCGGAAGAGCCCGCGGCCGUUCUCCAUCACCACCGCCCUCAACACCCUCAACAGGAUGGUCCACGCGCCCUCCGAGCGGCAGGCGAUCAGCUCCCCCGUGCUCAUCAGCUCCAGCAACCCCACCGUGGCCACCCAGAGCAGCGAGAAAGCCGAGCUGCCCCACGGGACCCCGCUGCAGGUCAGUGCAUCUUACUACCCUGUGCCAGGGUCCUUGGGGCACUCUGCAGCCAUCGUCACUCUUCCCCACCUGCAACACCACAUACCAACUUACAUGUGUGUGGCUCUGCAUUCCUACCUGGCUCACAGACCGGAGGAGCUGGAGCUGCAGAAGGGAGAAGGGGUCCGUGUCUUCGGGAGGGAGCAGGAGGGCUGGCUGCGGGGCAUGUCCCUUGCCACGGGGAGAGUGGGCAUCUUCCCCAGCAACUACGUGGCUCCCCUCUUCAGGAAAUCUAUUCUCUCCGACCCAAAGAUGCCUUCCCUCUACGCCUCCUGGACUCUGUCAACCUCCUCGCUCUCCUCCCAGGGGAGCAUCUCAGAGAACGGCCCGAGGCAAAGCAGAGCCCUGAAGCCUGUGCUGCUGCCCCCGCCGGUGCCCCCGCCGGGCCGGAGCGGGGCCGGGGCUCAGACAGCGCUGCGGCGCGGACGGGGCAGCACCAGGAAGAACGGGUCCCUGCAGAGGCCGGGGCAGGCAGGGCUCCCCCCGCACCGCGGCCGCUCCAGCUGUACCACCAAGGACCCCCCGUCCAGGAGCGAGGCGGCCCCCAAGCCCCCCGCCUCAGCCCCGCCCUCCAUCCUGGUGAAGCCGGACACCUCCCGCAGCGGCGCCGAGAAGCAAGUGAAGACGGUGAGGUUCCAGAACCACAGCCCCCCGCCGCCCAAGCGGCACAGCCUGCAGCCUCCAGCUCUGCCACGCAGCCCCUGA